AUGCAAAACUUCGUGGACCUGAAAGCAGCCAGGCGUUACUUGCGAUACAAAACAAGAAUGAAUCCGAGCGAAGAUUGAGACGAGCUUAGUUUCAAAAUGGCGGACGCUGGGACGAAUCUAAUUUCAUGGGGUGCAAACAGUUAUGGUCAGUUAGCGUGUGGUCACACGGAUGAUGUCAUCAAACCAGCAGUACACAGUAACUGGAAAGAUGAUGUGUUAUGCAUCACUGGUGGUGGUGGUCACACCGCCAUGAUAACAGAUAGCAGAGAGCUGUACACAUGUGGCUGGAACAACAGAGGUCAGCUUGGACUGGGGGACACUAUAAACAGAAUUGAGCUGCACCGAGUCCUUAUUCCUCCUGUAAAACAUGUAUCCUGUGGUUGGAAUCAUACUUUAGCCAUCACUGACACUGGCCAUCUGCUUGUUUUUGGAUCCAAUGCAUUUGGUCAGCUUGGUAUUGGGAGAAUAGGAUGGCAGUGUACAACUCCAACAUCAUGUGAGGUGUCUCCUGGGUCUUGUGUUACCGAUGUUGCUGCUGGAUUGAGGCACUCUGUUGCUGUCCUUGCUGAUGGAUCUGUGUGGUCUUGGGGGGAUAACAAAAAAGGGCAACUCGGUUGUAGCAGGGAGCGGAGCAAGAAGUGCAUCCCUUUUCCCGUACAAGUGUCGUUUGAAGGCUGUCGAGGAAAAUCAAUUGCUGUUGGACUCCAUCACACCGUCCUUCUCACAGACGCAGGUGCGGUUUAUUGUUGGGGCUCAAACCAGCACGGACAGUGUGGCGCUUCUCUGCUUCAAGUCAUACAGAAGAAUCCAACAGAUAUCUCCACAAAUAGUGACCCUACCAGCAACACGGAGAGCAAAGAGCCCGCAAUGAAGCUUAAGAUCGAGUCCGUCCCAGUCCCCAUGCGAGUCCGCGGCCCAUUAAAUGACGCUUGCGUGAGAGAGAUCCACAGUGGUUGGAGUCACGUGGUUGUCGCAACAGAUCAAGGGCGCGUUUACACCUGGGGAAGAGCGGACUAUGGUCAGCUUGGCGGGGGAGACGAACUCCAACAGAACGGCCAUUCAGCCGAGCCACGAGAAGUCAAGUGUUUACGGGGAGUAAAACAGUUGGCUUGUGGCGCAGAGCAUAGUAUUGCUAUAUCAGGUGACGGGCAAGUACGGACGUGGGGUUGGAAUGAGCAUGGAAUGUGUGGAACUGGGGACGAGUCUAAUGUACUUUCUCCUGUAUUGGUGUCAGCGGUACAGCGUAGUUUAGUCAUGCUCGUGGGAUGUGGAAGUGGCCACUCUUUUGCUGUUGUCAAGACACGACUGAUGCAGGAUUUUCGAGACGAUGAAAAAAACUAAGAUUCAUGAAUAGUUAUUUAUUGUAAGGGGCCUCCUCAUACCAGCCUUUUAGACUUUUUUAAAUCGUCUAUUCAAUUCUAUAUAGCUUAUUUAUCAAUGUAGUUUAUGAAUUAAUAUUUGUAUUUCUUAAAUUAGUAUUUUUAUUAUAUUAGGAAUUAUUGUAAAUAGGCCGAAUUCAGUGGUCAGACUGACAGGUGUUCUAAUAACAAUGUCUGCCUAUAUUUCAAGAUAUGAAAUGUCAGGUUUCCUGUAAUGCAGGCGUUUACCCGGUGUAAACGGUGAAAAACUAGCCUCGAGCCACGAAUUGCAUUGUGGGCUAGAUUUAAGGAUGAUGUGAAAUCACCCAAACCCCCUGGCCCUUUUGGCUCACGGCUAAUCACAAGAUGCACCUGUUCAAUAAACC